AUGGGCGCGGCGACAGCUAACAGCACGCUCAGGUAUGGAUUAACCGUAGAGACACCGAGGUCACCGUCCUACGACACGACAUUGCUAUGGCGAAGGGAUUUAGCCAAGCGGUUACGGCGUCGUUCCAGACCCACGCCGAUCCCAGCUAGACAUCCCAAGGCUGCCGUCAUAGACAGAACUACCGAGAAACGAAAGUCGCUGCAGGAAACUACCAAGGAGGUAAAUAAACCAAUUAUUAAAGCUCAGUCCGUCAGAUCACAUGCGAGCAGUCGCACUGUGAUAGAAGCGCAGCUGUCUCAGGCGGAGCUCGAGGCCAGCGAACGGCUAGCGGAGAUAUCCCGGAGGGAGUUGCAGCUAGAAGCGGACAUGGUACGUAAACGGCUAGACGCCAGAAAACUGCAGAUCCGCGCUAAUGCGGAUAGCGCAGACGAGCACGAAUCUGCUGGUAGCGUGCGGAAUUCGAAUCAAGAUCGAUUAGACGAAUGGCUAGAGAACUCGCGAGACGCGACGUCAAAACCCAUUUGUAAGAGGUUAACCGACGAACCUCUACCCAAGUACGAGACUCCGAGACGACCUGCGCAGGCGGAGCGGCAUAUUCGAGGCCUCUCACCGGACCGCCAGCGACGCAGGCGAUCGACGACGCCGCCGGCGCGUCGCGAGCGAUCGACGUCGCCACAGCUGGACGCGCGUACUCCGCACACGGCGCACACGCGCGCCACCGAAGGUACUGUAGCAGAGUCCAUGCUGCACCUGUUCGAGAGGAUGCAGAUGGCGGCCCGUCCAGCCCCGAAGGAUAUAUUCGAGCUGCCGCAUUUCUACGGAGACGUCAGCGAAUGGAGAAGUUUCUACAAUACCUACGCAGAGACAUCGAAGCGGUAUAAGUUUACUGACUACGAGAACGUGGCGCGGCUCAGGAUGGCUUUACGCGGGGACGCAAAGACGUGUGUGUCUCACGUGUUAUCGACAGCCACCAGACCCGAUAUGAUCGUGAGAAUACUGAAAAAGCAGUUUGGACGCAGCGAGAAAGUGACGUACGCGACACGUCAAGCCACAACAUCCCGUUCGACGACGUGCCUGUUCUGCGGUGGCGGUCACCCGACGCCGGACUGCCGCAAGUUAGCCGCCCAAUCCGUGGGCGCUAGAUGGGAGUGGGCGAAAUUAAACCGUAUAUGCUAUCGCUGUAUCGACGCGAAGCAUAUGAAAACACAAUGCAAGGCCAAAGCGUGCGGCGUUGCAGGCUGUCCUCACGUACACCAUCGACUGCUUCAUGCGGACUCGCCGCAGGAAGUGCGUGAGGAUACGGCUAUGGUGCUAACACAAGAAAUCAGGUCAGUACCUACAUCGUCAGCAGUGACGUCAUCGGCCGAGCCAGCGGACACGACGGAGCCGCGAGCUGCGGACGACGAGAACGACGCCCGCGUGUACGUGUCGUCAACACCGGACUACAGCGUGCUGCUAAAGGUACUACCCGUAACCGUAUCAGGUCCAAAGGGAACGGCGCAUAUCUUCGCUUUCCUUGACGAUGGAUCCACCUUGUCAAUGAUCGACCAGGACGUCGCGGACGAGAUCGGCGCGGUCGGUCAAGACGAGCCGCUAUGCAUAAGAGGUAUUCAGCGGUUGAAACUUAGCUCAGUGACACAGACGGUCAAGGCUAAAGUAAGCCCCGCUCGUGGCGGCUUGACAUACGAUAUAUCCCUAAAAACGGUAGACGGACUAGGGAUACGCUCGCAGUCAUUAAAUAAGAAGCGUCUAUUGGAAUACGAACAUCUGGCGGACUUGGGCGACGAGUGCUACACGGGCAUGGGCGUGCCGCAGAUGUUAAUAGGCGGAGACUUCAGUCAUCUUAUAAACCCGACGGAGGUGAGGCAGGGCGGCGAGGACGAGCCGUGCGCAGUUAAAACCUCGUUAGGAUGGGUUUUCUUCGGGCGAAUGCCGAGGUAUGUACCAAAUAACGAGCAGGUCGUGAUGCACUGCCACAGUGACGACAGUGAUCUCGUGGAGCAGGUCAAGAAACACUGGGCAGUCGAGGCGCUUGGCAUAACGGCAAAGGACAACAUUCGACCCGACGACCAGCGAGCGAUCGAUACAUUCGAACGAACAGUAAAAAAGGUAGGACAGAGAUACGAAGUCGGCCAACUAUGGGCUGCCGACGACAUAAAGCUGCCACCGAGUUUCAACAUGGCGAAGGCGAGAUUACGCAAUCUAGAAGCCCGCAUGUCGAGAGAUCCUGACUUCGCCAACGAGUAUCAAGCACGGAUACACAAGCUUCUGGAAAAGGGGUACGCAGAGCGCAUCAUGGAACCACCGCAGUCAGAUCGGAUGUGGUUUCUGCCCCAUUUCAGCGUCUACAAUCUAAAUAAAGGAAAGUAUCGCGCUGUAUUCGAUUGCGCCGCGAAAAGUCAGGGAUGUGCAUUGAACGAUUUCAUCCUCGCGGGACCGGAUUUACUACAGAGCCUGCUGGGGAUACUACUUCGAUUCCGUGAGUGGGAAUUCGCCGUCACCGCGGACAUACAGGAAAUGUUCCUUCAAAUACAGCUGCGAAGAGAGGAUCGGCAUAGUCAGCUCUUCAUCUGGAGGGGAUCGCGGCGUGACGUGACACCGUGGACGUACCAGCUAAACCGGGUAUGUUUCGGUAACAUCUCUUCUCCUUUUCUCGCACACUCGGUGCGGAAUAGGAAUGCGACGGACAACAAGGAUCGCUAUCCGGACGCGGUCUACGAUAUCCAUAAUAAUCACUACAUGGACGAUUAUGUGGCAUCAUAUGAGACAGAACGGGAACUCAUAUCAACAGCGACACAGGUGAGACUAGCACACGCGGAGGCUAGCUUUCGGCUGCGCAGCUACGCUAGCAACAGCGAGUUGUUAAUGCGAAACAUCGAUCCGGAGGAGCGAGCGACGGGACCUUCUCAUCUCGGAGAAAAGCAACAGACCGUCCUCGGAAUGACGUGGGACCCAGAGACGGAUACGCUGGGGUACAACACGAAAAUGCUACGAGUGCCAGACGACGUGAAAAGGUACGAGCGAUCGCCCACUAAAAGGGAACUUUUGAGUGCCGUAAUGUCAGUUUACGACCCAUUAGGCCUCAUAGCGCAGUAUAUGAUAAGCGCUAAGAUCAUAUUCCAACGUGUGUGGACAAAGGGCACGGACUGGGACGAGCGGCUGCCGGCGGAGGAAGCGGAGGACUUUUUCCGGUGGCUGAGGGCACUGAGCGACGUGUCCGCGCUGCGAAUACCCCGACGAUACGCCACGCCCACCGGUGCAGUUAGAAGAGAACUGCAUAUUUUCAGUGAUGCAUCGACCGAGGCCUACAGCGCGGCGGCCUAUUGGCGAGUAUCGAACGACGAGGAGGAAACGCAAGUGAGCUUAGCUAUAGCGAAAAGCCGAGUUUGCCCGCUAAAGGUAAUGACAGUUCCCAGGCUCGAAUUAACCGCAGCAGUCGUCGGCGUGCGGCUGGCGGAGACAAUUUUACGCGAGCAGCGUUAUCCUGUGACAAAGGUGACGUAUUGGACAGAUUCCAUGGUUGUUCUCGGAUGGGUUCGCGAUGACGCGCGAAACUAUCGUCCGUACGUGUCACACCGACUUGCGGAGAUCGCCGAGAAAACAGAUAGAGACGCGUGGAGGUAUGUACCAACCGCUCAGAACCCCGCAGAUCGAGCGACGAGAUGUCAACCAGCGCAGAGCGUGCGCAUCGAGGACGAGUGGUACGAAGGACCGCGCUUUCUCUAUGGACCCGAGACAUCAUGGCCUAGUCACACAUCGAAUCGAACAGACGACCUGCCUGAGAGGAAGGCGAGGCCGUCAACCGCGACAUCACUGGCGAUCAUCUCAGCGAAGCCAGACCCUUCGAGCGUACUGCCAGACGUGAGACGGUUUAGCAGUUACGACAGACUGUUGAACGCGACAGCGAACGUCUUGCUAUUCAUCGAGAAAAUGAGAACGAAGAAUAAAGCCUUGCAGCUACAAGUCAGACAUUUGAGAAAGGCAGAACACAUGUGGUUGCAAUACAGUCAACGACGAAGCUUUCCCGAAGAGCUUCGAGCCUUAAGCCAGAAUAGGCUCAUCGAUCGCAAAUCGCGAUUAUACGACCUGGCACCCGAGCUAGGCGAUGACGGCGUGUUACGCAUGAAGACGAGGCUGGGCAGCGCUCCAGUAUUGUACACCGCGCUACAACCGAUAAUACUGGAUGGCCGCGAGCCGUUCACCCGUCUACUCAUCCUGCGAGCUCACCGACGAUCAGCGCACAUUCACAACGAAGCAGUAAUCAACGAACUGCGACAAGAAUAUUGGAUACUACAUCUGCGGCCGACCGUGAAGUCUGUAGCUCGAAACUGCGCGCUAUGCACACUACGACGAGCAACACCGAGAGCGCAGCCCUUAGGCGAUCUCCCGCCCGAGCGACUACAGGCGUAUCAACGUCCCUUCACUCACACCGCACAAGACUACAUGGGACCGAUGUUCGUCACGAUCGGACGGCGCAGAGAAAACGCUGGGUGUGUCUAUACACGUGCCUAG